GACGAAAGUCUCGCGAGCCACUUGUCGUGAGCACGCGACGUAUACGCGCGGUUCGAUUAGUCUCUUCUUAAUCUUUAAUCUUUAAUCUUUAUCAAUCGUCAUCGUUCGAUUUUAAGUGACUCUCGUUCCAUUCGCUGAUUGAAAAUGUCGUUUCCACAAACCGCCAAUGGUCACGACAGCUCCGUGGCUGCCAAAUCACCAUUGACCAAUAACGAUAAUGUGCCGCAAACGAAUGUGAAGCACGAGCAACACACGUACACUUUCGAAAUUUUACAAGAAUCAGCGCAAUACCUACUGGAUCGCAUCAGGAUUAGACCAAAAAUAGGGAUUAUAUGCGGCUCAGGAAUGGGAUCAUAUGAGCAAAACGAGUUGUGUCCAGGUUCGAUCGCGGAAUCCCUCGUGGACAAGCAAUGUUUUCCCUACGAAGAAAUUCCACAUUUCCCGGUAUCUACGGUAAAGGGCCAUACCGGUCAGAUGGUCUUUGGUUAUCUCGAAGGCGUACCAGUCAUGUGCAUGCAGGGCAGAUUUCAUUAUUACGAAGGUUAUCCACUUUGGAAGUGUGCUAUGCCGGUGAGAGUGAUGAAGUUGGUAGGUGUGACGCAUUUAAUCGCUACGAACGCUGCUGGCGGUUUAAAUCCCACUUACAAAGUAGGUGACAUCAUGAUAGUUAAGGAUCACGUGAAUAUGAUGGGUUUUGCUGGCAACAACCCGCUUCAAGGACCGAAUGAUGACAGAUUUGGUCCUCGAUUUCCACCUAUGAACAAAGCUUACAACGCCACGCUCAUGGAAAUUGGUAGACAAGUAGCUGAAGAGAUGGGUAUUAACGAUAUCGUACACAAGGGAGUUUACACGUGUUUAGGUGGACCUAAUUUCGAAACGGUGGCAGAGUUGAAGAUGUUGCGAAUGAUCGGCGUCGACGCAGUUGGCAUGUCUACGGUUCACGAGGUGAUCACCGCUCGGCAUUGCGAUCUCACCGUGUUCACGUUUAGUUUAAUCACUAACCAGUGUGUUACUGAUUACGAAGAUCACGGUGAAGCGAACCAUGAGGAAGUAAUGGACGUCGGCAAGGCACGACAGCCGAUUCUUCAAGAAUUCGUGUCCAGAAUCGUGACACGUCUCAGAGAUAGCCUACAACUGACGACAAAAUGAUUUGACUUUUUUUAUGACCAAAAUAGUUUGCUUCGCUAUAGGUGACUUGAAAUCGUUGAAUUAUUCGUUUGAAUUUUACAUCUAACUGUAAGUGAAGAUAAAACGAAACAAGACUUUCUGAGAGAGUUUCAUUUAUUAGGAAUUAAAAAGUUGAUGACACAAAAUAUUUUAAUUUCAGUAUCAGGUUUUUUCAGUGCAAGAUUGUUCUUGAAUUACUUUUUCGUUGAUUCUUUCUUAACAAAACUAUAGUAACAAAAUAAUCAAAAGUGUGGAGAAAUUUAACGUGUAGAUUGACGGUCCUCGUGAAUGCUCGUUAUCUUCAUUGCAGUUUCUUACCCCUAUUUAGUUGGCGUCUAUAUUCUACUUAUUUGAAUUCAGGCUCGAUUCAAAUCUCAAUUGAUUCGUUAUCGCGUCUUGAGGGGUCUUGUUGAGAAGAAGGAAAUGAGGAAGAGGAGGGAGAAGAAAGAAGAGAAACGAAGAAGGAGAAUUUAAAGACAGAGAGUUAGUCAGCAUUCCGUCUAGAUUAACACCAACCUUGUUUCGUUACCUUCAUCUCGCUUCCGUAUUCUUCUAUCGCUAAUACAUCGUCAUUCGACUCGGAUAAAUCUUCAAGACCUGACAUAUGAUAUAGGAAAUCUGAAUUAAAUUAUGAUUUAUUAAGAGGAAAAAUUGCGCGAUAAUGGCACGAUUGCCAUUUUUUAUUAUGACAUUUUUUAUUAUGACAUAUCUUGUAUAUGUAUAUUUUUUCAAAUAACACUUAUUUGUAGAAAGAAAAUUCAUUAGGUAGUAAGAUAACAAAAGAUAUCUAUAUAUAUAUAUAUUGGAAAUUUACGUAUUUUUAUGUACCUGUAAGAUACGAAAAGAUAAACGAAAAAAAGUAAGAUAUAAAAGUAAUUAAAGAUUUAUUCUAAGUGUCACUGUAAAUAAAAUGAUAUUAAGUAAUGAACGUAACGUGCUUUAAUAUUAUUAAUUUAAAUUCUAGAAUUCAAAAUUGUUUAUCCUAUUAAAGAGUAAAAGUUAUAAAUAUGACUCCUCAAUUUGAUAAUUAUAAUUUUUAC